AUGGCUCCCAAACGGGGCAGCAUUGAGGCGGCCUUUGCGGGUAAAGCCAAGGGUGCCAAGAGCAAGAAGGCUGGCCUUGAACAAAGCACCCCGGAGAGUAAGCCGAGCGUUGGUGCUGCCGAUGUCACACCAUCCCCGGAAAUGCCCAAGCGGAGAAGACUUGAGAAAGCUCCUGAAACAACUCCCACCAAGCCCAAGGUGCAGAAAGAUGUAGAAAUGAAAGCGCCGCCAGCCGAUGUGAAGAUCUCCACAUCUCAUGGACCAAGUGAAACAGGGCCCUGGUCAUUGUGGAGUGGAGCUUCUUCAAAGGGCUCCAAGGACCUUGCCUCGGCGAGCUUCGAUCCACAGCUACUGGAGAGCGAGUUUCCCGUUGGAAAGGCCGUGGGCUUCGCGUUGUUGUCCUCCGCUCUGCUGGAGAUCGAGGAGCAAAGAGGAAAGGGACAGGGCUCCAGAAAGCGGAUGACGGUCGUCCUCAGUAACUUGUUCCGCUUCUUGAUCCAUGUGCGUCCACAGGAUCUCAUUGCUUCCAUUUACAUCUUGAUCAACAAGGUGGCACCAGACUAUGAGGCUGCUGAACUUGGAGUCGGCGAUUCCAUCAUCAUCAAAGCCCUUUGCGAGAAUUUUGGCAGGUCGGAAAGCACCAUCAAACACGCGCUGGCCACAGGAGAGGCGAAAGACCUGGGAGAGGUUGCCCUACAGAGCCGCUUGUCCAAUGCAGAUGGUGGCAGUGUGCUGUCCAGAGACCUGGGUCUUUCGUACAGCAAGUUGAAGGUACUUCGCUAUGCCGGCUAUGCCUAUUAUGCCUAUGUGUGUGUGCAUAGGCUCAUGAGCAACUUUCGCAGCUUUGAGUUGAUCAGAUCACAUGGUGCAAUCCAGCGCAAGCGUCCAGAUUUGAUUCAAGGGUAA